AUGGAGAAGGAGCGGGAGAGAGAGGGAGAGCUGCUCACCGACGCAGAGAAGCGGCAAGUGAAUGAUGAAUCGGUAAAAAGAUGGUUAGGAGAUCUCAAAGAUGUGGCAUAUGACAUUGACGACGUUUUAGAGGAGUGGAAGGUGGUGAACGAUGGUUGCGAUGACGGCACCAGCUCCGAAGGUAAGAGAGUAUCUUUUCCCUUUUUUUCCAGACCCCGCUUUCAUGUUGAGACCAGUAAUCGGAUAAAAGCGAUUAGUGCAAGAUUAGACGAGAUCAAAGAACGCAAGAAUAGCUUCUCUUUCAGUGAAGUCAGGGAAGGUGGAGUGGUCAAGUUGGAUAUGAGGGAAACGAGUUCAUUCAUAAAUGAAACUGAGAUUUUUGGUAGGGAUCGAGUUAAGGAGUGGAUUGUCAACCAGUUGGUAGAAGGCAGCAGUGAUAAGAAGCAGGGCAUCGGAGUCAUAUCUAUCAUUGGUAUGGCAGGAGUUGGAAAAACAGCUGUCGCUCAAUUAGUCUUCAAGGAUGGUAAGGUUAAGAGGCACUUCGAUAAAAUGAUUUGGGUGAGUUUUCCUGGAGAUUUCGAUGUGAUGAGGAUCUAUUUUGAAAUCAUUAAUACAGGGAGACGGAAGCGGUCACGUUCGCCAUCCUUAGAAUAUUUGACAUCAAGUGUCUCUAUUAUGCUAUAUGGUUCGUCAUCCUUGGAAUCUACGACAUCAACUGUCUCUGAUAUGCUAUAUGGUAAGCGGUUUCUGCUCGUGCUGGAUGGCGUACGCAACAGUGAUAAUGCCCAGUGGAAUAGGCUUAUGAUUCCGUUCCUUACAGCCGAGAAAGAAAGUAGAAUUUUAGUUACCACUCGUAACGAGCAUGUCACGAAAUUCUUCUCCUCGGCCCUGAUGUACGAACUGCAACCGUUGUCUGAGAAUGAUUGUUGGUCGUUGUUCAGCCACAGAGCUUUCUCUGGAGGAAGAAGUGGGGAUGAGCUUGUCAAGUUAGAAGCAUUGGGUAGAGAAAUUGUUAACAAGUGUCAAGGAAUUCCUUUCCUGUUGGACGCAAUAGGAACUGCCUUGCGCAGAAAAAGAGAUGUACAGGACUGGCAGUCUGUCUUAGAUGAAGCGACAGGGGAUUCAUUGGGUACUGAAAAUAUUGCAUCCGUUGUAUUAGAGAGCUUCCAUGAUUUGCCAAAGCAUUUGAAGCAAUGCUUUGCUUUCUGUUCCAUAUUUCCAAAGAAUCAUUUGCUAGAGAAGGACAUGCUAAUCAAGUUGUGGAUGGCCCAAGGUUUCAUUCCCCAAACGAGAAGAGAAGACAUGGAGAGGCUAAGUGGUUCAUAUUUCGAUGAUUUAGUGAGGCGUUCCUUGUUUCAAGUCAUAGAGACAGAUGAAGAAAGUGAUCCAAACUUAAAACGUCUGAGAGCAUUGGAUUUGAGUGGCAGCACAAUAGAUGAGCUCCCAAAUUGUUUGCAGAAAUUGAAGCUUUUGCGAUACCUCGACUUGUCUGCCACCUAUAUACGAAAAUUGCCGGAAUUUUUAAGUGGCCUAUGUCUUUUGCAGACCUUAAAGCUUAAUCAUUGCCGUAAGCUUGCAACACUUCCCAAAGGGAUUGUGAAACUGAUCAAAUUAUGA